CGUCAUCACCAUCAUCACAGAGGGGAAGGGAGGAGGGGCGUAGGAGCUAUUCGCGAGCGACCCUGAAGAUCCGUGGAGCAAAUCCGAGCGCCCGCGUCUGGCAAAGGACGCGCGCCUGUGACCGCCGCCGCCGCCGCUGCCACCACUCAUCACAAACCUCCUCGAACGCCCCGGAGUACUGCGCAUUGUUACAGUCGAGCGCGACUCAACCGAUUUCCCGAAGAGAGGCUCUGACUUUUGUUUUUUUUGUUAAUGAGUAAAUAAAUGCGGCGAUAACCAGCCGCUUGCGCAAACUGAAGUCAGAUUUCUCGUCCGUUCUUUAAUUUGCGCCGCGAGUUAUCUGCGUGUCACGCGAGCCACUGCUUCGUUCUUAGGCGUGUUUGCACUUAUCUGUGUAUAGUGUUUAUUGGGUUGAGGCGUUUGUAUUUGUUGUUUAUGAAGGUAGGUGCAUGCGACACGGACCGUGGGAAGUGCCCGCUAAAUCUAAUGCGGCUCUGACCCGGCUACCUGCUUGCAAUCUUACAUGACGUGAGUGAGACUGCGCGCUACGAUUAUGAUGAUGAUGAUGAUGAAGGUGAUACCUCGUCUCGGAGGUGUGGCGUUGUCAUCUUCUACGCUGUCUCUUCUCGCUAUCACGAUGGUGACUUUACUUGCGCUUGGAGCAACACAGCCGAACACACAGCCCCGGAGGUCCCAACAGCAUCAUCAUCAACACCAGCAACUGCAACAACAGCAACAGCAGCAACAGCAACUGCAGCAGCAGCGGACUCCUGUUCGGACCCCUCUUGUGGCGCAAAGACUUGGCCACCAAUCAGCAGCAUCAGCAGCAGGGGCAUCUGCGGUGAUGGUGGCACCCGUGCAAACGAGACUACGCGGUCAAGGGACUCGCUUUGGGCAUCAGGGAGACGCUCACGGCGCCGCCACCACCACCACCACGAGUUCGGCUGGAGGCGUCGACGGCUAUCAAGCCGGGAGGACGAGGACGCGAGCUGUCGAAGGUGGCGCUGCCGGUGGCCACGGGAAAGGAGCGGGAGGAGGAGGAGGAGGGGUGGUGGCCACCGGGCUCGGUGCGAACCCGCGAUCAGGCGUGCCCGGCCCCGCCCGUACCCAGGCCAACUCAGCCACAGUGCUCACAGGACUCAAUGUCUGCGGUGGUCAAUGCUGCCCGGGUUGGAAGCUGAGUCCCGGACUUCAAAAAUGCACCAAACCCAUCUGCACCCCUGCCUGCCAGAACGAGGGCAUGUGCCUGCGACCACAGCUAUGCCUCUGCAAGCCGGGCUUCGCCGGACAGGCGUGCGAGGUGGUGAGGGCUCCCGCGCAGUUGCAGCCGCACGGCGCCGUCAAGAAGCCGGCAGCCUCCCUGCUGCAGCCCGGCGAUGGCCAGCAGCAGCAGCAGCAGCAGAGGCAGCAGCCGGAGCCAAACGGUGAUGGUGGUGGCGUCCCAAGCGGCGUGGCUUCACUGAACCGGAACCCAAACCGCAGCCACGCAACGGCCGGGAGGCCACCCCAAGGGCAGGCAGCUCAAGGUGGAGCACCUUCUCACCUGGGUCCCCAGCAGAGGCUGGUGAGGCAGAGGAUCAUCGGGCGGCAGGCGCUGAACCGCUUAUUGAGUGGCCGGGGCGGCGGACGCCUGAACCAUGGGGACCCCCAGGGUCUGCAGUACGUGCCCAGGCCCGGUGACGAGAACGGAAAUUACUCGGUCCCAGUCCCCAAGCGCAUCAAGGUCGUGUUCACGCCGACGAUCUGCAAGCUGGACUGCGCCGGCUCCGUGUGCAAGACCUCCUGCUCCAAGGGCAACGUCACCACCAUCAUCGCCGAGGACGGCCAGACUAUCUUCCCGCAGCACGGGUCCGGCUUCCGCAUCGUGAUCUGCGGAAUCCCGUGCCACAACGGCGGGCGGUGCGCUGCCAGGGAGAAGUGCUGGUGCCCGCCCAACUUCACGGGAAAGUUUUGCCAAAUCCCGGCGCUCACCAACGAGGUGAACGGGCAGGCCGCCACAGGGAGCGAGGCCCAGGCGGCCUCUGGUGGCCGUCGCCCCAGUCAGCCCAGUCACUCCGUCUACAUGUUCCCGCUGUCGACCAUCGGCAACUCGACGCAGGUGUCCGCGCCGGGGUCCCUGCCCAGCUACCCGGACCUGGUGAACGUCCACGUGAAGCACCCGCCCGAGGCCACGGUGCAGAUCCACCAAGUGGCCCGCCUCAUGGACGGCCUCAACAUCUCGCACCACCAGGCCCACCGGCCGCCACACCCCCUGCCGAGCCCUCGCAUCCGCCCACUCGCCUCGCUCGCGUCGCUGGGUGGGAAUCAGCAGCGAGACAAGGAGAGGGACCAGGCCAUUGCGGGUGGAGCUGAUCCUUCCCAGCCCAGGAUACUAGCCCGUGCGCCCAUGCUGGGACGAUGCUACGUGGACAUCAAAGACAACAAGUGUGUAAAGCCUCUGCCAGGCCUCACGAGGCAGGAGGUGUGCUGUGGGAGCGUCGGGGCUGCUUGGGGCCUUGACCGGUGCAACCGAUGUCCGGAGAAGCUGGGGCAGCCCAUCAUGGUGAACGGCGAGCUGGUGGAGUGCCCCCACGGCUUCCGCAGGGAAAACUCGACGCACUGCAAAGAUAUUAACGAGUGUCAGCUGCGCGGAGUCUGCCCCAACUCCACGUGCCUCAACAGCCCGGGCAGCUACACCUGCAGUUGCUUCAUCGGCUACGUCUUCGACUCCACGAGCCACCAGUGCAUCUCCGACAAGCUACUCUCGGGCAAAACGGGGCUGUGCUACCGCGCCACCGACGGCCGCUCCUGCUCGCUGCCCAUCGCCAUCCCCCUCACCAAGCACAUCUGCUGCUGCAGCGUGGGCAAGGCCUGGGGAAAGAACUGCGAGCCUUGCCCCCCGGAGGGACACACCGCGUUCCGGGAGACGUGCCCGGCCGGCAUGGGCUACCACUUCCCCAUGUCCGAGGUCAAGUACAAGAUCCGCAAACUCACGGAGGACGAGGUGGCACAGCGCGGGCGCGAACCGGCCGGGCGCCCGCUGCCCACCCCGGCCGACGGGGACGACGCCGCGCUGCUCCGCGGCCUCGACGACUAUGAUAUUUUGGAAGGUCAGCAGAUUAUCGCUCAGCUCCAAGAUGGACAGCGGAGUUUCCAAGAGAUCUCGCAGAGGCUGCAGCGUCCAGCCCUGGUGGAGCCUCCUCCUGGAGCGGCCACGGGGAGAGAGACACACGGAGGUGGCGGCGGCGGCAGCGUGAGACAGCCCGUGGCAGGGGCGGUCGGGGCCAUCUCGUCCGACAGGGAGCCCCCCAAGAGAAUCCAGAUAGGUACCUCGCGUGAAUCUCCUGGCAGCGUGGUGAGACAGCCAGGAGGAGGAGCUGGUGCCAUCCCGCCCGACAGAGACUCGCCAAAGAGAAUCCAAACGGUGACGAACAUCUGCCUCCAAAAUCCAAACAUCUGUGGCCGGGGCCAGUGCGUGAGUUUGGCAGUGGGGUACAGCUGCUCGUGCGAGCCGGGAUUCCAAGCAAACGGCCAAAAAACGCGAUGUAUCGAUGUAGACGAAUGUCAGAAGAACGCGGGCCUCUGUGCAAACGGGCAAUGCGAAAACACGCCCGGAAGCUUCCGCUGCGUCUGUUCCACGGGCUACGCUGCCAGCCCCAGCAGCACCCAGUGUGUCGACGUGAACGAGUGCAAGGACCCAAGCGCGUGCCGGACGGGUCGCUGCAUCAACACGCCGGGGUCUUUCCACUGCCAGCCGUGCCAGCCCGGUUACCGUGCCGGCCGGCGCGGCCAGUGCGAGGACGUGGACGAGUGCGCAAGCCCCGGCGCGUGCCCCAGCGGGGAGUGCGUCAACUCGCUGGGCUCGUUCGAGUGCCGCCCGUGCCCUGCCGGCUUCACGGGCUCCGGGGGACGCUGUGUCGACGAGAACGAGUGUUUGAGCAGCACGACGGUGUGCCAGCACGGCCGCUGCGUCAACCUCCAGGGGUCGUUCCGCUGCUCCUGCGGACGGGGGUUCACGACGGCGCCCGACGGGAAGAGCUGCCUGGAUGUGGACGAGUGCGGCGUGGGGCGACCGUGCCGUGACUCCAUGUGCCGCAACUCCCCGGGCUCCUUCACCUGCGUGCCCUGCGGCUCCGGCUACCAACUCGCACCCGACGGCAAGGCGUGCAAAGACGUGGACGAGUGCACCAACGGGAUCGUGUGUGGGGGCGGCGCCUGCCUCAACUCGGACGGCUCCUUCCGCUGCGAGUGCCGCCCGGGAUUCAGGCUGAGCGGCAGCGGCGACCAAUGCGAAGACAUCGACGAGUGCGGAGAGGGCGGUCGGUGCCAGGGCGGCGAGUGCCUGAAUGUCGCCGGCUCCUACACGUGCCGCUGCUCGGCGGGCUACGUGGCCGUCGACAGCACGCGGUGUCGCGAUGUGGACGAGUGUGCGGGCGGGCGAGCGUGCCGCGGCCACGGCGGCGACGGCACCUGCAUCAACACUCCCGGCUCGUUCCGCUGCUCCUGCCCAAGCGGCUACCGCACGGUGCCAGGCUCCGACCUGUGCGUCGACGCGGACGAGUGCGAGGAGGAUGCAGACGCCGUAUGCUGGCCGCACCAGUACUGCGUCAAUUCCCACGGAUCCUACUCCUGCCUGUGCGACCAGGGCUUCCAGAGCGCCGAGGAAGGCAAGGGAUGCGUAGACGUGAACGAGUGUGAGCUGGUGGUCGGUGUGUGUGGCGAGGCGCUGUGCGAGAACGUCGAGGGGACCUUCUUCUGCGUGUGCGACAGUGAGGGCGACGACUACGACCACACGCUGGGGCGCUGUCAGCCUCACUCGUCCACAGAAUUCAACGAGUCAUUGAACCUGCACAGCCAAGCUGCCCAGCCAGGCACUCGACCAGGCUCCCACGAGACAACGGACGUUGGACAGCUCCCGGGCACGCAGAGGCAGCAGCAGCAGCAGAGGCAGCAGCAGCAGAGGCAGCAGCAACAGCAGCAGCAGAGGCAGCAGCAGCAGCAACCUGGCGGCGCAGGUCAGCGAACACCGAUGUCGUCGAGGCCACAACCAGGUCACAGCUCGCACACGGACGGGCAGCCGGCGCACGGAUCACCGUCCCGCACUCCGGACCCGCGGCCCGGGAGUCAUGAUCGCCAGCGAGGACCUGCUGUUCACACGGCUCAACGCGUUCACACAGCACUCCCGGAGGGACAUGGCCAGGUCGGCUCUGCCAAUCCUCCUGCAGGCACGCCGGCGCGGCCCGAUUCUGCCAUCGGAGUUCCCAAUCUCCACUCCACGGGAUCGCUGCCCGGCCUCACGUGGAGACUAGGUUUUGCCGAAACGACGGAGAGGCACGGUGCGGUCGUCUUCCCAGAAGGCUCCGACCGGCGGCCGGCCGCAGUGCCCGCGAGGACGGGGAGCUCUGGCCGCGACGAGCGCAAGGAGUGCUACUACGACGUGGACGCCGAGACCGCGUGCUCCAACGUGCUCGCGUGGAACGCCACCCGCGCCGAGUGCUGCUGCACCGCGGGCGCCGGCUGGGGCGCCGACUGCGCCAUCCGGCCCUGCCCGCCCGCCGGCACCGAGGAGUUUCGGUCGCUGUGUCCAGAAGGCAGAGGAAACAUCCCGAGCCAGGACCCUGUCACCAGCAGGAGAAUCUUCCAAGACGCCGACGAGUGCACGCUGUUCGGACGCGAGAUCUGUAAGAUGGGACGCUGCACCAACUCCCGACCCGGCUACACCUGCCAGUGUCAGCCCGGCUACUUCUACAACGCCGUGAAGUUGCAGUGCCUCGACAUCGACGAGUGCCAGAGCCCCGAGAGCUGCCUGGACGGGCAGUGCUACAACAGCGAGGGCAGCUACAACUGCUUCUGCACCCCGCCGCUGGUGCUGGACGACACGGGCAAGCGCUGCGUCAACCGCAGCGGCCCCGCCGACGAGCACCUGGACAACGUCCACGUGGACAUCUGCUGGACGGAGCUGUCGCGCUCCUUCAUGUGCAGCAAGCCGGUGGGACGCCAGACGACCUACACGGAGUGCUGCUGCCUCUACGGCGAGGCCUGGGGCCCCGAGUGCGCAUUCUGCCCUCCCAAGUCCUCAGACGACUACGCGCUGCUGUGCAACAUCCGCAUGAGGACGGACGUGGACAACUUUGGCCACUCGCUCGACCCGUCCUUCGGCUAUUCCGGGCCGUACGGCGGCAUUGGUGGUGACGGCGCGCCCGGCCCGCACUACCUGCCCGAGCCCAACUACCUGGACCGGGGUGCCGCGGCUGCCGCCGCCGGUGCCUCCGUGGGGUUCUACCCCGGCAACGAGGGCAACGUCCCCAUCUUCCUUCCCGACGAAGCAGCAGGCUCGUACCCGUACCGGGAGGGGCUGCAGGCGGAGGAGUGCGGCAUCUCGCACGGCUGCGAGAACGGCCGCUGCGUUCGAGUCCCCGAGGGCUUCACGUGCGACUGCUACGUGGGAUACAAGCUCGACAACCUCAGCGUCGUCUGCGUCGACAUCGACGAGUGCGAGGAGGAGCCCGCGCCCUGCGCCAACGGCCGCUGCCUCAACGCGGACGGCUCCUUCCGGUGCACGUGCGACGCCGGCUUCAUCGCGUCACAGCGGGGCAGCCAGUGCCUGCCCAUCCCGUGGGCCCUGCUGCCCGGCCGCUAGUGCCCGACGGCUCUCUCUGUCUCUCUCACGCACGCACGCACACACGCGCAGCCAAAUGGGGUUUCCGGCGCCACCUCUGCUGGGAGCCGCCCGCAGCCGCCGCCGCCCACGGGGUAUACGACGGAUGGUUCCGAACGGAAGCAAAAUCCGCUGGGGUUUUUUUUUGUUUCCAGCCGGCUCGUCCACGGGGUUGCGGGAGGUGGAGGGGGGGGGGGGACGGCUGGUUAAUGUUGGGAUGUGGCUCUGCCCUGCGCGCUUGCGAGGUCCGUACCGCGGGUCGUUGGGCUCGAUGUCCUGACGUUUCACUCCCACGCGGCGGGAGCUACCUUCAGGAAAUAAGUCCAUCCUCCUGCGGAAGCUGGGACCACGCGUUCUGUGUUGGCUGAGCUGGCAGAUUCUUCGGUGACCGAACUGAAUCGGUGGAAACGGACUUUGUUCGCUUUUAUCGAUUCCAUUGAUAGAUGGCCAUUACCCGUCUCUCCUGAAACUGAAUUGAUUCGGUGGAAUGUCAUUGAUUCACUUGAAUUGAGUCGGUGUGAACUGACACUUCAUUUGAAUUGAUUCGGUUGAAUUUCAUCUGUUGCAUUAGUUCGGCUGAGUUGAUUCGAUCGCAUUGGGGGUUGAUUCUGUCAAGUCUAUCCAGUCGAAUGCAUUCAGUCGAGUCGAAGCGGGCCCCAUUCCCGAAAGAAGCUCCCAGCACGUGGGUGCGAAACGUCGGACGUCGCAGCGAACUACGCGCGGCGCAACCGGAAAAUCACAACGGCGAGCUAUGCAGCAGCAGCGACCACGAAACCCUACGCAAUGUUGGUUUUGUAACCUUGGUACAGUAUAUGGGUGUGUGUGUGUGUGUAUAGUCGAAUACUUUUUGAAGGAACAAACCCUUUUAUUUGAAUGAAAUGCCAAGACUGCAUCCCUAUGAAUUAUUAUUGUUGAUGUUGUUAUUGCAAUCGUAUUACUCCCAAACACGACAUAAACCACGCUGCUGCCUGCUGUUUGUAUAGUUAUCAAGUGCGGUAUUUGAAGAUUUAAAUAAAACACAAGCAAGUUAAUACGUUUCAGAUAUAUAUUAAAUAAAUGCAUUAUUAUUAUAUAUUUUUUCGCAGAUGUUGUCGAACAGGGAGCGCGAUGAGAUCCUGUGUGUUUGUGUGUUUUGCUUCGCAAGUCCUUUAUUCGGUGGCGAGAUGUUCACUACCUCGCCUGGUAUACAGGAGGUCCGUGGGUUCAAUCCCGACCCUGACGCCUGCU